GCCUGCAGCAUGCGCCUCCAUGACCAGGGUUGCUCGCAGCCAGCAAUUCUCUUGGAAUGCUUUUCCUGACUGGUGCAGGGAUUUUGUUACAAUUCUUCUUCUGAAGGAGAGGAAUAUGUUUGCACCUGUUGCCGGCAGAGGCAUGCUUGAAGCAAGAAAUAACCGAAAAAUGGUCCAUUGAUUUGGAAAACCGCCCAAGGAUCAAGGCCACUGCUCUGGAUGCCUGCCUGGUGUAGGGGUGUACAAUCGUAUCCGGCAAGGCGACUCAUCCCUAUCAGCAUUUUGAACUAGAUGUCUGGGCAUGCAAAUCAGGAUAUAUAUACGUGCUGUUUUAGUUGAUAGAUAACUGAGAUUAUAUAUAUUCUUGGUGGUAGGACCUUAGGGCCCUUCGUGGCCUACCCAUGCAGAUGCUGGUGACUGGACAGGUUGUUCGGAAACCAUUCCUUAAAUGCCUUUUAUUGAGAGCAGAAGAAAAAGAUAAAAUGAAAAUGUGCUGGCUGCUUGCUUUAAGCCCUGUCUUCCCUCUGCCCGCCUUGUGCCAGCCCCUUCUCCCCCUCCCUGCCUCCCUCUCUCUCUCCCCCCUACUCCGUGUGCACUCAUAACCUUAACAUUACUGCGAGGGUAGGCCAAAUGCUUGGUGUACAGAUCCUGUGUCAUCGUACCAUGCUAUUAUGGGUUGUGGGAAACCCAUGAUGUCAGAGAUUUGGCUUGUCUUGCAGUCCAAGAUAGGACUAGACAGAUUGGUUCCGCUGAAUGAUGAAAUAGCCUGGCCAAGGUCUGGAAGUAGCAAUUGGGAACCUGGGUUUGUGGUUCUCGUGGUUUGGAAGCCAGGAUCUGUGGACCUCCAGGCGGAGAAUGGAGACUGGUAGCUGAUUGUGCCUGUAAUUGGCACAUUCAAAGCGUUCGUUCAUCAUUGAACUAGGAAGUACUGUCAGAAUGUACCAGCUCAGCUGAAAAGGUACGAGCGCGUGGGGAGCAUGCCGGCCGCGGGGCCCGGCGGCCUUGAACCCCGAUUCCUCGGAGAAUGCGAGGUGAACGACGGCGUUGACGCCAUCGCCGAGGAAAGAGAAGGAUUCACCGAGUGCUACAUGUGGUGAUACGUGCGAGGUGGGAGCACCUCGUGGUCAACGGAUAGACGGCGUCCGGAGCAGGGGCUUGACAGGUGAGUUGACAUGGCGAGGGGACCGACUACGACGAGGCGACUUGAAGGUGGGUCUGUGGCGAUCGUGAGGCGUCUAGAGCAGCGAAGGCUCUUGCGUUUCAAGAUGGCGUGGAGGAGAGGCGACUGGAGGCUGAUAUCUGACUCCAUGUUGGACAAGGGCCGGGAGAAACUUACGACUAUGAUGUCCCUGCUCUCAUCGCAUCCCCUGCCCGGACUGGAGGUUGACUGGGGGGUGACCUCUGUGAUUGGAUGGGUGGAAGCAACGAUCCACUGCAUGCUGGUUGUCAUGGAGCCGUUCGAGGAGGGGCCAGCGCUAGAGUUGGAUGCGUAUAUCGACUGGCAGCGGGCAAACGCUCUAUGGAGCGACUGUCGUCAGCUCCUGGCUGAAGCACAUGUGCGGGGUGCGGAGCUGAUCAGGGGAUUGCAGGGGGCCGGGCUUGUGAUCUCGCCAUCGUCUUCAACAACAUCAAAGACAGCGUCAUCAACGGCGCCAGUGACAGCAUCAACUACGAUUUGACAACGACCUUAGAAACAACAUUGAUUUCGACAAUGACCUCAGAAACGGCAUUACGUACGUCAACGAUCAUUGCCCAUGUGCAUGCCACGAAGAGUACGAAUGACUUGGGGCGCUCAAUAACAGAGAUGGCGCAUACGACGAUGACAUCUGAUUCGGCGACAUCAAUCAUACCAAUAGUGCCUGCGACUAAGACGCUGACUUCUGCACAGGCCACCACCACUAACAACAACAACAAUUACACCAACAACAAUAAUACUGUGCACGGCAGAGUCCGUGCGCGACCGGGAGCGACAACAACCACAACAACUAUGAUAAUAACAACAACACUGCCGGUGACAACAACAACAACACUGCCGGUGACAACAACAACAACGAUAUCAACAAUGACACUGACAGUGCGGUAAGUGUGACUGGGCAUUCUCUUCUCCCCCCCUCCCGCCCUCCCCUUUUCUUUUUCUUCUUCCGGUUUUCUGGGGUUGGAUGGUGGCGUGAAGGGGCAGGAUAGUGUAAGCCAGGUUGCCAGGUCGGAUAGGGUUGCACGUGAUUGGUUGACUUCACCGCAUCUGACCUUGGCCACAUGACAACAGGGCUGGUAGGGUUUGCUCAUGAGUUUGAUUAGUGAUUUGCCAUGUGGAAUUGACGAUUGUAAAUUCUUUUACGUUUCUAUAAACAUAGCUAUUGACCACGUGGCAGGGCAGGAGGUGCUUUGAGAAUCGGCACUGGGGCUGUUUAUGCGAUUGUUUUGUGCUCUGCCUCGGGGUAUACCGAUGUGACUUUUUUCCAAACUUUCUCCCACUUGAGCGCGCUUUCGAUUAAUCAGGUCUGCUGGUGGGCACGUACUUUUUGCCAUUAACAUAGGUUUCUACCAUGUGGCAGGGCAGGAGGUGCAGUGGAGUUGGGCACCAGGGCUGUUUAUGUGAUCGAUUUGUGCCCUGCCACGUGGGUAUUUCGCUUUUGAAGUAAUUUGCAACAGUGCCUUCCCCUCUUGAGUGGUUUUGUUGCGAAUUGAGGGCACAUCGGUGCGGGCAGCCUUAAUACUGAAACCAGGUUCUGUCCAGAUCUAUCUCUCUUUCUCAUGUUAAAGAAUUGCCAUGGUAGUUGUCUACGAUAGGGCGAGGGUCCUAGGGUUGAUAUGGGCAGUCAAUCCCCUCGUAGGAGGGUAAUCAAUGCUGCCCAUACAGUAAUUGCCCGUGCCUCCACAAGGGUUAAAUCAUUCGACUUACAAUGUUUAGGGACGCUGGACCCGUUUUCCAGCAGGUGCUGCUCCCCACCAAUAUAGAUGGAGCCCUCCCGAGAGAAAAAAAAAAAACAAAAAAAAAACAUCAUGGACCCUGUUCUGGAUUGAUCGGCAACGUCUGGGGCUCCUUUUGGGACCUGGAUUUGAAGAUUGGGAUGCCAAACUUCUUGGACUCCUGCCGGGGUCACCAGCGCUGAGAAUGAUAGAGCUACCAGUGCGAUGUCGGAGUUGAUGUGGAGGCGGAAUUGAAUGGUGUAACUACAUUGGUGGAACGUCAAACUGGCUCAUGGAACUCCUGGUAGAUGCCAAAUUGGCUUGCGGAACUCGUGGUACAACGUAGAAGUGGGCUCGGAGGAAAAUGUGGGUGGAUCAUGAACUCACGAAGUCGCAGAUGAACCUUGGACUGAAGCUCACAAAACAUGUUUGACAGACGCAGCGCUGGAGUGGAGGGGAGUUGAUUUAGGAGACAGGUAUUUUGUGUGGGUGGAAUAAAGAUAAUAAAGCUCACAAAACAUGUUUGACAGAUGCAGCACUGGAGUGGAGUGGAGGGGAGUUGAUUUAGGAGACAUGUGUUUUGUGUGGGUGGAAUAAAGAUAAUAAGCACCG